AUGGGGAAAGGGGCCAAUGCAAAGUUGGACAAUAAGGUACAAGAAGAGAUUGCUAACAAGUGGAGGAAAUUGAACCCUACAGAGAAGGCAACAUAUGGUGCUGCCUUGGAAGGUUGGAGUGGGAAAGUACAAGGUUCGACUGGGCAAGUAGACGACUCAGUGAAUGAGAUGGGUUUUAUCACUAGAUGCAGCCCGGACCGAUUCCAUCGUACGGUGGAAAAAUUGUCGAAUGAGAAGCGGUUAGCAAUUAAUGCUAUUGGGUUCGGUAAUAUGGCAUCAUUGUCCUGCACUCGUUUACACCGCCAACUAUGCCAAUUUUUGAUUCAAAGGUUCAAUCCUGAUACGUCCUCUAUAGAACUGCACGACAAUGUGUUUGGAAUAGGUGCCGUUGAGUUUGGGCGUGUUAUGGGGCUUAAGAACACCGGCGAGAAUGUUCAACUGGACUGUGCUGUAGAAGAUGAAAAGGUGAAACAGUUAGUGAAGAGUUUCGGUGGAAAUGGCAAGAGAGUAUUAGUAAAGGGUUUAGCAGAACAAUUGGAAAAGUGCGAACAUGUGGAUGAGGACUUUAAAGUUCGAUUCGUGAUUGAUUGGAACUAUUUAACUUUCUUGACGAUCCCAGGGAAGAUAGAGACCAAGAACUGGGCCGACCAUGGAUUCAACUUCUUAUGUGAAGGUGUUAGGUCGUUCCAAGCGAAGAAAGUUUCAUAUGUAAAUGGGUCACUGCUUUUUCUCCAACUAUUCUAUUUCGAUUCAAUUCUCCAUGGUGGAGUAUAUGUUGAUAAGUCUUUGGAUCCCAUUGUGUCAUGGGACAAUAAGUCGGUGUGGAAAAUGAUUAAAUGGGUUAGAAAGCAAGGUGGUUUUGAUAGUCCUACCGUUCGGGUUGUUUCAAAGCACCGUCCAACGAAUGAAGUGUCCGGAGUCAACGUUGAAAGAAUUGUUGAACAAGUUGCUAUCAGAUUGGCUCUGGUAAUACAGGCGGAGGUGAAGCGAUCAGUGUUGGAACUCACCGACAAGGUAAUGAGUGAAAUGAGAUCCUUCAUGAAAGACGCAAGACAACAUCUUCAUCCGGCACAUGAAGAUGUAAAUGAAACUGAGGACGGGGCAUUGAAAAUACGAGAUCAAGGUGUUGAGAAUGUUGUGAAGAAGAAGGGUGAAGAAUGUAGCCAAUUAAAGGAGAAAGGUGCAGUUGAUGAAAAAAAUCCUUGGACGCCAUUACCAGAUGGACAGAGUUUCAGUGAACCCGAGGUAUGA